AUGUCGUCACACGAGGAAAGGCAUGCGCCGAGAACAUCAGCCAAGGGGAAUAAUGAGGCCAUUCCGACGGUCUCGGCGACGGGUAUGCCGAGGAUCAUCCCACGUCACAAGGACAAGCGCACCUCUUCCGAACAGGAGAGUUUUGACGAGAAAGAAGGAUCUCCGCCCUCAGAGCUGGCACACCAUUCGGAUGCUUACGACUCGGACGACGCCAUCUCAGAAGACGAGGAGGAAGAGGAGAAAGAGCAAUCGAAGCCAUCGUACCCUCCAACAGGAUCGCUGACCCUUGCCGCAUUUAACCCAUACUCGGCGAUCCCGCUCUCGCGCCGACUAGCGCUUAUCUCUGGUUCGAUUUUCAUCAAUCUCGGUCUACCCUUCCUCAACGGUGUCAUGCUCGGCUUCGGCGAGAUCUUUGCUCGAGUCAUCGUGGCUCCUGCUUUGGGAAUCACAGGUGUCGGAUGGGCAGGCGACACAGCCAGAGCAGUCGCCAACUGGAAUAACUGGGGCAAGGGGCGGUCAUCGUUGCCUGCCGAAAAGCGUUGGGGUCGAGAGACAGCGCAUUAUGGUCAUCAGCAGCAGCAAGUGGGUGACUUUGACGAUUGGUCGGCUGCCAACGAUGGUUGCGCAGCAUCUCAUAUCGAGUUGUGA